GACCUCCUGCAGGAGGGAGGCGGAUCGGGCCAGGAGCGGCUGUGGCGGGGACACACGAGGCGGCCGGGCCGCUGCUUGGGACGAUGGCGGCUGUGAACCCACGGAAAUUAACCGAACCGAGAGGCAAGACGCUUAGCAUCCAUGUUGUGACGUGGAACGUGGCCUCUGCAGCACCUCCUCUAGACCUCAGUGAUCUUCUUCAGCUCAACAAAGAGAACCUGAGUGUGGACAUGUAUGUCAUUGGUUUGCAGGAAAUGAACUGUGGGAUCAUGAGCCUCCUUUCUGACACUGCCUUUGAAGACCCAUGGAGCAGUUUCUUCAUGGAUGUGCUUUCCCCUCUGACCUUCGUCAAGGUCUCCAGUGUCCGCAUGCAGGGGCUCCUCUUACUCUUCUUUGCCAAGCAUCAGCAUUUGCCCUUUGUCCAGAUCCUCUCUACUAAAUCCACCCCCACUGGCCUCUUCGGGUACUGGGGGAACAAAGGGGGCAUCAACAUCUGCCUGAAGCUUUAUGGCUACUAUGUCAGCAUCAUCAACUGCCACCUCCCCCCCCACAUGGCCAACAAUGACCAGCGGCUGCAGCACUUUGACCGGAUCCUGGAGAUGCAAAAUUUUGAGGGACAGAACAUCCCCAACAUCCUGGACCAUGACCUCAUUCUCUGGUUUGGAGACAUGAACUUUCGGAUCGAGGACUUUGGGCUGCAUUUUGUUCGGGAAUCCAUAAAAAAUCGGUGCUACAGUGACCUGUGGGAGAAGGAUCAGCUCAGCAUUGCCAAGAAACACGACCCGCUGCUCCGGGAGUUCCAGGAGGGCCCCCUGCUCUUCCCUCCCACCUACAAGUUUGAUAAGAACUCCAACAACUACGAUACCAGUGAGAAAAAACGCAAGCCCGCAUGGACCGACCGCAUCCUGUGGAGGUUGAAGCGGCAGCCCCAGGCCAACCCCCACACCCCGAGACUGCCAGCCCCCCACUUCUGCCUGACCCUGAGGAGCUACGUCAGCCACAUGGUGUACUGCAUCAGUGACCAUAAGCCUGUCACCAGCACCUUUGACUUGGAGCUGAAGCCAUUGGUGUCUGCCCCAUUGAUCACCCUGAUACCUGAGGGCCUGUGGAACAUGGAAAACGACAUGUUGAUCAGCUACUCCUUGACCCCAGACUUUCUCAGCAGCCCCUGGGACUGGAUUGGACUAUACAAGGUGGGGCUGCGCCACAUUAAUGACUACGUGUCCUAUGUCUGGGUCAGGGACAACCAGGUCUCCUUCAACGAUGGGCUGAGCCAGGUAUACUUCAAUGUCAGCAAUAUCCCCGAGACUGAGGACCAGUUUCUCCUCUGUUACUAUAGCAACAGUCUACAUUCUGUGGUGGGGAUAAGCAAACCCUUCAAGAUCCAGCCUGGCUCCUCCUUGGCAGAGGACCUACUGGGUGAAGCCCAACCACAUAUCUGAGCCCGGAUGAGAGUGGAUCCAGGGCGGAGGCCAGAGCUGGCAGCCAGCUCUGCCUACCACUGCCAGGAGCGCUGGGGGCCCAGCCCCCAGAAGAGGCAGCAGGUACCCUCCACCUCCCAGGGGGAGCUCUCGCCACACACCUAUGCUCUCUCUCCAGUCCAGAUCUCUGGAAUUGGCCACUU